UGUGUCUGCAUGCCUGAUAGGAUAAAUCCAACUUCUCCUCCAUUCUCUCUCUCUUUCUCUCUGCCUCCGCCACUCACACACACACAUACAGGUGCUGCUCUUUGGCAACCCUCACUCUCUCACACACACACACAAUCAAAACACACAAACUCAACAAAGGAUCUUAGUUGGUCCACUUUUCUGGUGCUGAGGAACCUGACAUUUUGCCUUCAUGGAGGAUUACCACAAACCUGACCAGCAGACAGUGCAGGCGCUGAGGAACAUUGCCAACCGCCUCCGAAUCAACUCCAUCAAGGCGACAACUGCAGCGGGCAGCGGACACCCAACAUCAUGCUGCAGUGUGGCAGAGAUCAUGCCUGUGCUUUUCUUCCACACCAUGAAGUACCGCUACGAUGACCCGCGUAACUUCAACAAUGACCGCUUCAUCCUGUCCAAGGGUCAUGCUGCUCCAGCCCUGUACUCCAUGUGGGUUGAAGCCGGCUUCCUGAAGGAGAGCGAGCUGCUCAGUUUGUGCCACGUUGACUCUACCCUGGAGGGCCACCCAACCCCUAAGCAGCAAUUUGUGGACAUAGCCACUGGCUCCUUGGGGCAGGGUCUUGGUGUGGCCUGUGGAAUGGCUUACACUGGGAAAUACUUUGACAAGUCCAGUUAUCGUGUGUACUGCCUGCUGGGGGAUGGGGAGAUGUCAGAGGGUGCUGUCUGGGAGGCCAUGUCGUUCGCCUCCUACUAUCAGCUUGACAACCUGGUGGCCAUCAUGGAUAUCAACCGUCUGGGCCAAAGUGACCCCGCACCCCUGCAACAUCACGUGGAGAAAUAUCAGAAACGCUGCGAAGCUUUUGGCUGGCAUGCCAUCAUUGUAGAUGGACACAGUGUGGAGGAGCUUUGCAAAGCUCUGAGCCAGCCACGUCAUCAACCCACUGCCAUCAUUGCUAAAACCAUCAAGGGCAAAGGCAUUCCAGCUGCAGAGGAUAAGCUGGGGUGGCAUGCCAAACCUCUGCCCAAAGACAUGGCCGAGAUGGUUAUGAAGGACCUGCAGAGCCGUAUCACGAACAGCAGCAAGCACCUGUACCCUCCAGCACCCACAGAGGACUCCCCGCCGGUCAGCCUGAGGAACAUCAGGAUGCCGAGCGCACCCAACUACAAGGCUGGAGAAAAGAUUGCCACACGGAAGGCAUAUGGGAUGGCAUUGGCCAAGUUGGGACGCUACAAUGAACGCGUUGUGGCCCUCGAUGGAGACACCAACAACCUCACCUAUUCAGAGAUCUUCAAGAAUGAGCAUCCUAACCGCUUUGUGGAGUGCUACAUCGCUCAGCAGAACAUGGUGAGUGUUGCCAUGGGAUGUGCUGCCCGUGAAAGGAAUGUUGUCUUUGCCAGCACUCUGGCUUCCUUUUUCACCCGCGCCUACGACCAGCUCCGCAUGGCAUCCAUCUCAGAAAGCAACAUCAACCUGUGUGGCUCCCAUUGCGGCCUGUCCACCGGAGAGGAGGGCCCCUCUCUGAUGGGUCUAGAGGACGUGGCUAUGUUCAGGGCCCUUCCCACAGCAACCAUUUUCUAUCCCAGUGACGGUGUGUCUACAGAGAAGGCUGUAGAAAUGGCUGCAACCACAAAGGGCGUUUGCUACAUCCGAACCAGCCGCCAAGACAGUGCCAUCAUCUAUAACAGCAACGAGGACUUCCAUGUUGGACAGGCUAAGGUGGUGUACCAGAGCAAAGAUGACCAGGUGACUGUAGUGGCAGCUGGUGUGACUUUGCACGAGGCCCUGGCUGCAGCUGAACAUUUAAAGAAAGAGAGAAUCUCUAUCAGGGUCAUUGACCCCUUCACAAUCAAACCACUGGAUGUCAAAACCAUCAUCGACCACACACGCGCCACCAGGGGAAGAAUCCUCACUGUGGAAGACCACUACUAUGAAGGUGGCCUUGGAGAGGCAGUGUGUUCAGCAAUGGUCAAUGAGUCUGGCUUCAAUCUGCAUCGCCUGGCUGUGUCCCAUGUCCCUCGCAGUGGCAAACCUCAUGAGCUGCUCAAGAUCUAUGGCAUCGACCGUGACGCCAUCGCCCAGGCCGUCCGCAAAAUGCUUAGCAGCUCCACCAAUGCCAAGUAACUUUCUCCCUGCCCCACCCACCCAUUCUGAUCACACCCCUGCAGAUUAAGAUAAACAAGUAUUUUUUUUUUUUAUUCACAUGACACCCAGCUCUUUAAAUUCCUUCACUGUGAAUGCCCCUAAG